UGGCAGCUUCCGACCAGUGGUCGCUCUUCCGGAGAGACGUUUCCGGUGGUGGUGGCAGCAGCGGCUGCGGUGGUUCCGGGUGUCUUUGUCCCCCUGGUGUCGUGGCCCUGGCCCGCAGGUUCCCCCCCAAGACCUUGAAAGGACAACAUUCCCAAUGUCCCAGUUUAAGCGCCAGAGGAUCAACCCACUUCCAGGGGGACGAAACUUCUCAGGCGCAGCUUCAACAUCUCUUUUGGGUCCUCCUCCUGGUUUGCUUACUCCUCCUGUGGCCACAGACCUGUCCCAAAAUGCCAGGCACCUUCAGGGUGGGGAGAAGCAGCGGGUCUUCACUGGCAUUGUUACCAGCUUGCAUGACUACUUUGGGGUGGUAGAUGAAGAAGUCUUUUUUCAGCUAAGUGUGGUAAAGGGCCGACUACCCCAGCUUGGUGAGAAAGUAUUGGUGAAGGCUGCCUAUAACCCAGGCCAGGCAGUGCCCUGGAAUGCUGUCAAGGUGCAGACGCUCUCCAACCAGCCCUUACUGAAGUCUCCAGCACCUCCCCUUCUGCAUGUGGCAGCUCUGGGCCAGAAGCAAGGGAUCCUGGGAGCUCAGCCCCAGUUGAUCUUUCAGCCUCACCGCAUUCCCCCACUUUUCCCUCAGAAGCCUCUGAGUCUCUUCCAGACAUCCCAUACACUUCACCUGAGCCACCUGAACAGAUUUCCUGCUCGGGGUCCUCAUGGAAGACUGGACCAGGGCCGAAGUGACGACUAUGACUCAAAGAAACGCAAACAGCGGGCUGGUGGAGAGCCUUGGGGUGCUAAGAAACCUCGGCAUGACCUGCCUCCUUACCGGGUUCAUCUCACUCCCUAUACUAUUGACAGUCCUACCUGUGACUUCCUAGAACUCCAGCGACGUUACCGCAGCCUCCUGGUCCCCUCGGAUUUUCUUUCCGUUCACUUGAGUUGGCUGUCAGCCUUCCCUCUGAGCCAGCCCUUUUCCCUCCACCACCCAAGUCGGAUCCAGGUGUCUGCAGAGAAGGAGGCAGCUCCAGACACUGGUGCUGAGCCCAGCCCUGUGGACAGUGACCCCACUUACAGUUCCAAGGUGCUGCUGCUCUCCUCCCCGGGCCUGGAGGAGCUGUAUCGUUGCUGCAUGUUGUUUGUGGAUGACAUGGCUGAGCCACGGGAGACACCAGAGCAUCCUCUGAAGCAGCUAAAGUUUUUGCUGGGCCGGAAAGAAGACGAGGCAGUGCUGGUUGGGGGUGAGUGGUCUCCUUCCCUGGAUGGCCUCGACCCCCAGGCAGACCCACAGGUGCUGGUGCGCACAGCCAUCCGCUGUGCACAAGCCCAGACUGGCAUUGACUUGAGCACCUGCACCAAAUGGUGGCGCUUUGCCGAGUUUCAGUACUUGCAGCCAGGGCCGCCCCGGCGGUUACACACAGUUGUGGUGUACCUGCCAGAUGUGUGGACCAUCAUGCCCACCUUGGAGGAGUGGGAGGCACUGUGUCAGCAGAAAGCCACAGAGGCAGCUUCCCAAGCCCAGGAGGCAUUAGGGGAGGCAGAGCCUACUGAACAGGCCCCUGAUGCGUCAGAGCAAGCAGCAGACACUUCUAAACAGAACACAGAGACAACGGAGGCCACCACACAACAAGAUGUGGACACUGAUCUCCCAGAGGCCCCUCCGCCUCCUCUAGAACCUGCUGUGAUGGCACGUCUCGGCUGUGCCAACCUGUCUCUCCAUGCAAUUGUGGAGGAUCGGAGGCCAAAAGAAAGGAUCUCUUUCGAGGUAGUGGUGCUGGCUGAGCUGUUUGUAGAGAUGCUGCAGAGGGAUUUUGGCUAUAGGAUUUAUAAGACACUGCUGAGCCUUCCAGAAAAAGUCGUGUCUCCCCCUGAACCUGAGAAGGAGGAGACAGCCAAGGAAGAUGUGGUCAAAGAGGAGGAGGCUGUCAAGGAGGAGGCAGUGAAGGUGUCCAAGGAUGAGGUACAGAAUGAGGGCACAGCUGCCGAGUCAGACAACCCACUGAAGGAGGAUGGGCUUCUGCCCAAACGGCCCUCUUCAGGGGGAGAAGAGGAGGAGAAGGCCCGGGGUGAGGCAGCGGAGGACCUCUGUGAGAUGGCCUUGGACCCAGACCUGCUGCUUCUGAGGGAUGAUGGAGAGGAGGAGUUCGCAGGAUCAAAGCUGGAGGAAACGGAGGUUCGCUCUGUUGCCUCAAACCAGUCAGAGAUGGAGUAUUCUUCUCUUCAGGACAUGCCUAAGGAGCUGGAUCCCUCAGCUGUACUCCCCCUGGACUGCCUUCUGGCUUUUGUGUUUUUUGAUGCCAACUGGUGUGGCUACUUGCACCGGCGAGACCUGGAACGGGCCCUCCUUACACUCGGGAUACAGCUCAGUGCUGAGCAGGCCAAGCAGCUGGUUAGUAGAGUGGUGACACAGAACAUCUGCCAGUACCGGAGUCUUCAGUAUAGCCGCCCCGAGGUGCUAGAUGAUGGGCUUCCGGAAGAGGUGCUCUUUGGGAACCUGGAUCUACUGCCUCCUUCAGGGAAGAGCACAAAGCCAGGUACUGCCCCCACAGAGCACAAAGGCCUGGUGCCCCACAAUGGCAGCCUCAUCAACGUGGGGAGCCUGCUACAGCGUGCAGAGCAGCAAGACAGUGGCCGCCUGUACCUGGAGAACAAGAUUCACACACUGGAACUUAAGCUUGAGGAGAGCCAUAACCGUUUCUCAGCCACUGAAGUGACAAAUAAGACACUGGCAGCAGAGAUGCAGGAGCUGCGGGCACGGCUGGCAGAGGCAGAGGAGACAGCCCGGACAGCGGAGCGACAGAAGAAUCAGCUUCAGCGCCAGCUGCAGGACUUCCGCAGGCGCCUGACCCCACUGCACCUUGAGAUGCAGCGGAUGGUUGAAAAGGCUGACAGCUGGGUAGAGAAAGAGGAGCCAACACCUAGCAACUGAGUGGCUGUCUAGUGAGGUCUGCGAUGGAGCUGAUGACAUUUGAGCUCUUUUGGUACCUGAAAGCAGCUGGAGCAGGGCCUGGGAGCCACAGCAGGGGUGGCUGAGUUCUGUGCUCAGCCUCUGCAGGGGACAUCAAGCUAUCAGAAUGGGGUUUGUGCUAUGUGGAUGGCUGUGUGAGGAACCCCAGUUCCAGUUACAACUAAAUACAACAUCUUUUGCACCCCUUAGAAUGUCAUUUUGCUCUCAACUUUGGAAUUUCUCCCAGGGUCCCUGUAGUCUUGUGCUGUCUCCUGUCCUCGUCCAUUUUAGAGCAAGACGGAAGGAAAAGGCUUUUCCAGACAGGAACAAGGUCUGAUGCCAAUAAAUGGAAGGAAUGGGCGUAGAGUCCGGUGAGGCCCAGAAUGUCCUUCCUGUGGACGGCAGGAGUCUCACAGGCUGCAGUGUCCGUUAGGUGAUGGAGCCCAUGCUAGGAAGCACUAGGCGUUGGGUCAAGGUUGUCAGUAGAACACUGUGUUCCAGCUGCCCCCAACUUGCCAGAAGAACCAGCACUUCUUUCUCCAGCUCUUGUGUUCAGAAUGUGGUAUUGGCUCUAGCCUCGCCCUUUUUCCGUUUCCCAUAAAUCUUGCCUCUUUCCAUAAUCUGUGGUUUCAGUUUGACUUUGUAUAUAAAGUUGUUUGUUGGUAUUUGUUUUUUUUUUUUUUUUUUUGCCUUUUUGUUUUUUAAAUAAACCAAAGUCAAAAACAAA